CCUGGCGCAAAGUGAGAGGUCCCAAACGGAGCAGGUCCUCUUUUCUCGCGCGAUCCUCGAGACGCUGUGCGUCGCUGCGGCGCGAGACCACCUGCGUUGCAAUAAUUGUGAGACGAUGAUUGCACGUCUCGGACGCUCAGCACUGCGAGUGCGGCCGCGCGACGUCGCCGUCGCCGCGCGCACUCGGCUCUCCAGUGCAGCACCAGCAGCUGCGCCGCAACCGCUCGCGCGCGAGGCCGUCCGCGACGAACUGGGACGAGCCUACGCGACGGGCCGGCGCAAGUCCUCGUCGGCAAGAGUGUGGGUCUUCCCGGGCGACGGCCGCGUGCGCGUCAACGGGAGAAACAUGGUCGAGUACUUCAAGCGGGCCACGCACGUCGACGAGGUCAUCAAGCCCUUCCUCGCCACGAAGACGGCCUGCGCCUUCGACGUCCGGGCGACCGUCGCCGGCGGCGGCCUGAGCGGCCAGGCGGGCGCGAUCCGGUUGGGCGUCGCGCGCGCGCUGCAGGUGUAUGAUCCGAAUCAUAGACCGGCGCUGAAGGCGGCGGGCUUGUUGACGCGCGACGCGAGGGUGGUCGAGCGCAAGAAGCCGGGCCGGAAGAAAGCUCGGAAAGCGUUCCAAUGGGUGAAGCGGUAAGAGUCCAGUUUCAUGCUCCGCUGCGUCGCGGGGAUGCGGACGGGGGGCGGCGGCUGGCGGGCGGCGGCGGC